AUGGAGCAGCUGUUCACGUACGGCGACAUCAUCUUUACCGCGGUGUUUGCGAUCGAUGUCAUCGUUCGCGUCGCCUUGCUGGGCUUUACCUUCUGGAAGCAGUGCAUGAAUUACAUUGACGUGGCCGUGGUCAUCACUUCCGCCUUCGAGGUCUUUUUGUACUCCGGCGUGCCCGUCAAUCCGAUGUUGUUCCGGCUUUUGCGAAUCGGUAAACUGGCCCGUACCUUCCGCAUGGUGACGAUGUCCAAUGUUCUUCAGUCUUUGCAGCUGUUGAUCAAGUGCCUGUCGGCUAGUGUCGACAUGCUCUUCUGGACAUUUUGCUUGCUGACUUUUCUGCAGUGCAUCGCGGGCCUGGUGGUUGGCACACUCUGCCGCGAUUUCGUGGCGGACGAAACCAUCGCUUUGGAGCUACGCCAGGACGUGUUUCGCUACUACGGCACUUUCAGCCGCACCAUCCUCACCAUGUUUGAAAUUCUCUUCGCGAACUGGGCCCCACCUGCAAGAGUUCUUUUGGAGAACAUGAGUGAAUGGUUCUCUGUGUUCUUCCUGCUCUACCGGUGCGUCUUGGGCUUCGCGGUUCUCAAUGUGGUCAGCGCUGUCUUUGUUCAGCAGACUAUGAAGACGGCUACGAAUGAUGAAGAGCUGGCCUUCAAGCAGAAGGAAAGAGAUACGGCCAUGUAUACAAGAAAGGUGAAGAAGGUUUUCGCAACAAUGGACAAGAGUGGUGAUGGAGCGCUUAACAUGGAGGAGUUUGCCAAGCUCGUGAAGUCGCCCAAGCUGAAGUUCUGGAUGAGCCAGUUAGAGCUGGAGUAUCACGACCUCAUGAGCCUUUUUGAGUUCUUGGACAAUGGAGAUGGUCAAAUCACUCUCACAGAGUUCAUCGAAGGAGCGGCGCGUCUGCGAGGAAGCGCAAAGGCUUUGGACGUCUGGCGGCUGGAAACCAAAGUGGAGGUUCUCUUCGAAGAAGUGGUCGGCAUGCUGCGCAAGGUCCAGAGCGCCUCUGAGAAUGGCUCAGAGUGCGGCUCCCACAUCGGAGAUGUCUUUGCAAGCUCGCGGUACGCGCAUAUAAAGAUGACCACUGGAGUCACUGGAAGGUGA